AUUGAUCAAGCUAGGAUGGAAAUGUUUGCUGAUAUUUUCGUUACUCAAAAAAUCAUCCGAGCGGCUGGCGAGGGCGAAAUGAAAAUUGCAAAAGUCCAGGUGUUAAUGACGCGAUUCAAUUACAAUCCGGGAAGUAUGUCGCCGGUGCGAGAAAUUUUGCGCGAUUCCAGUGGCGAUUCUGGAUCAGAGUCCGAUGGUGCUUCUCUAUCCUCCAGAUCAAGUCGCAGCGGUAGCCGGGAGUCGAGCAACGUCAGAAGUCAACAACACGAAGUUUACAGCGCACCGGCCUCACCGGAUUCCGACGCGGCGGCGGUUUCGCCAAAUCAUAGUGCGUUUCCAUCACGAAUUCCAGCUUCGCCGGUUGAACCCCAUCCACCGGUACUUCGGCUUAGCGCGCCAGCUUCACCAGACGGAUCAAAUGCCAGCGGCAGCCACGCUUCUAGAUCUACCAGUCACACAGAAUUGAAUAAGUUGGACGGUAGUCACAAAUCGGGAAGUCCGUCACCGGCCAGAUCAGGUUCGAGACGUUCGAGCGCCGGUUCGGUUCGCAGUGAAAAAUCUGGCUCGCCGAGAUCCAGAAGCGGAAGUGCAAGUUCAGCGGAAUCUCAGAAAUCUCCUAGAUCACGUUCACAAUCCCCAAAUGGAAGUGUACGUUCUUCCAGUCCAAAAUCACCUGGUAGUUCAAGAUCUGCACAUUCCGAACGUAGAUCCGCGGAGAGGGAAUCAAAGACUCCGGCUUCUCCCGCAUCAAAUGCUUCUAGUUACGAGUCUAGAAAAAGUCGUAGAUCCAGAAGCGCUUCUUCCCACAGAAGUAACAAGUCGGGUUCUGCAAGUCCGGCGGAAAGAAAGCGAACGGAAAGUGUUGAUUCAGAAAAAUCCAACAACAAGAGAUCCAAAUCUAAGAGUCCUGAAAAUGACAAGAGUGACAACGAAUCAAACAAAUCUACCAAAGAAGCAGAUCAAAGUCCAAAAUCCGACAAAAGCGAGGAUAAAUCGUUGAAGCUCAAACGUCAGAACAGCGGUUCUGGUUCAGAUACAGAGAAAACUAUAAAACGCGUUAAGGCUUUAGUAGAUUCGGAUUCUGAUAACGAUGCAGCGGACAAGGAAGCGAAUGUUGCUCAAACCGCGGACGCGUUGUUCGGCGAUGCGAGUGACAUCAGUACAGAUGAUGAGAAAGACAAAAGAGAGGAGGAAAAGGAACGUAGCCGCAGUCGGAGCAGAAGUAGAAGCAAGAGCCGCAGCAGGAGCAGAAGUCGCAGCCGGGGUAGAUCUGAGAGCGGCGGAGAGGGACCGAGCAAUCGAGUUGCCAUUGAGGACGACGAGGAUAAAGAUAGAGAAGAAGAACCAGAACCACCUCCGGAAACUAGAAUUGACGUGGAAAUUCCGAAAAUUACGACCGAUCUCGGACGUGAGAUUCACUUCGUUAAAUUGCCGAACUUUUUGUCCGUCGAAACAAGACCGUUCGAUCACGAGACUUACGAGGACGAGAUCGAUGAAGAGGAAACUCUGGACGAGGAAGGUCGGGCUCGACUUAAACUCAAGGUUGAAAAUACGUUGAGAUGGAAAGAUACGUUUAACGACGAGGGCAAAUUGGUGAAAGAGAGCAACGCGAGAUUUGUCAAGUGGUCGGACGGCAGUAUGUCGCUGCAUCUGGGCUCGGAGAUCUUUGACGUGUACAAGCAGCCUUUGCAAGGUGAUCACAAUCACCUCUACAUUCGCCAAGGUACCGGACUUCAAGGCCAAGCGGUGUUCAGAACAAAAUUCACGUUCCGACCGCAUUCAACCGAAUCGUUCACUCAUAGAAAGAUGACCAUGUCUCUGGCCGAUAGAUCGCAAAAGACGUCCGGCAUCAAAGUUCUCUCUCAAGUCGGAAUGAAUCCAGAUCAGAAUAGAUACGAAAUGAUAAAGAAAGAGGAAGAGAAGCUACGUAUGGCUAUGAGAGUCCAAAACAAGACCAAAAAGAGUACCGGUACUAGAAAUACCAACCGUACUUCAGGAGCAUAUAGCGGCGAUGCUUACCAUGACGACGGUUCCGAUGACGAAGGUGCCAUUUCAUUGGCAGCCAUAAAAAAUAAGUAUAAAAAGGCAGCAGUCAUUCCUUCCAAAGUAGCUUCAAAUAUUUAUUCUUCGGACGAGGAAGGAUCGGACAUUGAAACUCAUAGACCCAAGAAGAACAUCAAAGGUAAAAUUCUUAAAGAUUCCGACGAGGAAUCGAGUUCGGGAAGUACUGCGGGAAGCGGGGAUGACAAUCAAGCUGACGACGCGAGUGACUAAAAUGUAUAUGUACAUAAUUUUAAGAUUUCGUAAAUAAAUCGUUUUUUUUUUUGUUUAUAAUAGUACAAGAAAGACCCAUCAUUCUGACAUAUUGUCUUGUUGCAGUGUUAUAUAUAUAAAUAUAUAUAUAUAUAUAUCCGACAGUUUACAAUAUAUAAAAUUAAUAAACAUAAUAUAUUUUUUAUAGUACCAGUAUAUAAAUCAAAACGUGCGCAUAUACCAUAUAUGAAGUACGUAAAAAUAAAUUUGUUUUACGAAUAAGAUGUAUUAUAAUCAAAAAAAGUAACAAGUAUUAGAACAUCUCUGACUUGAAAUUGCUUUUGUAAAAAUUUUUUACUCUUUUACAUAUUGGUAACUUACAAAAACUUAAAAAUAAAGUUACAAGUACCUGUGUUUGAUUAAAGCAAUAAGUUUAUUUAACAUUUUUAGUUGCGCUUUUGUAAUAGUUAUAUAUAAAAUAAACAUUGACUAAAGAGUUGUUAAAAUAAUUUGUUAAAUACUGUCUACCUUGGAAAUCUGCAUCAUGGUUUUUUUUUUUUUUUUAUUUCAAGUUUUGGAAAUUCCGUAAGCCAGCCGUUUAAUUAUAAAUUUUAAAAUCGGAAAAUUUAAAUUAUUUAAUCGUUUUUUUUUUUUUUUUGGAGAGAGACAAAAUGGUCUUUUUCACAAAGCAUUAUUACAUAUCUUUUAAAAAUCAUUUUUUUUAUGGCAAGAAAUUCGAAAGAACAAAGUGCAUGCACAUCGAAGUUCAAAAAUUAAUUAAA